AAAUACUGACAGCCACUUCUCUUUGUCAUUCUGCCAGAGACUCAGCAAACCAGACAGGCUCAGUUUUAAUCUGGCUUUUCCAGCAGUGACCGAGCUUCCAGAUCUCGCUUCAUCUUAGGGAUUCACAGCAGAACAGCGAGCAAAUGGGGGAAAGCUGCAGAAUCAGCAAGCUGUGUGUUCUGUUUGUCAUCUUAGCUCUGGUCUCUGUGGCAACCAUCGUCACAUUGUGGACUAUUGCUCUUACAGGAGAUAAUGAUGCCCCAGCUCCUUGGGACAGGUACCGUCUGCCCAUGGCUUUAGCCCCCGAGUACUACAACAUCACUUUGUGGCCUCGUCUCAAACUCGACCCAGACUCUGGCCUCUACAUUUUUACAGGACGGUCCACUGUGCAGUUCGAGUGUCUGAAGGCAACCGAUCUGAUUCUGAUUCACUCCAACAAACUCAACUACACCAAAAUGGACAACACACAUGCUGCCAGACUCACUGCUGCAGGUGGGUCUGCCCCCGUUAUUACGUCAACAUGGCUGCACCUGAAGAUGGAGUAUCUGGUCAUCAAGCUAAAUAGUAAACUAACUCCAGGGUCAAAGUAUCAGCUGGACACUGAGUUCACUGGUGAACUAGCUGAUGACUUGGCAGGAUUCUAUCGGAGUGAAUAUGAAGAAGAUGGAGUCAGAAAGAUUGUUGCCACCUCUCAGAUGCAUCCGACUCAUGCCAGGAAGACCUUCCCGUGUUUUGAUGAGCCAGCCAUGAAAGCUGUCUUCCACAUAACAAUCCUACACCCACCUGGAACCAGAGCCCUGUCCAAUGGGAUGGAAAAAGAUGUCACUAAUGUCUCUGUUAAUGGAGAAGCUGUGACACAGACAACGUUUGAACCCACCGUGCACAUGUCCACCUACCUGCUGGCCAUCAUCGUGUCUGACUAUGUACACCUCAACGCAACACAAGGAGACACUCUGAUCCGUAUCUGGGCUCGCAGGAAAGCGGUGGAACAGGGACAGGGAGACUAUGCUCUUAAUGUGACUGGACCUGUACUGGACUUCUUCCAGUCCUACUAUAACAUCUCGUACCCUCUGAGCAAGUCAGAUCAGAUCGCUCUGCCAGAUUUUUAUUUUGGUGCGAUGGAGAACUGGGGUUUGGUGACAUACAGAGAAACCAACCUUCUCUACGACCCAGAGACCUCCUCCAACAGGAACAAAGAAACCACUUCCACCAUCAUUGCUCAUGAACUGGCUCAUAUGUGGUUCGGCAACCUGGUGACGCUGCGCUGGUGGAAUGAGGUCUGGCUGAAUGAGGGCUUUGCUACGUACGUGUCCUACCUGGGAGCUGACCACGCUGAGCCUGACUGGAACGUGAAAGACUUGAUAGUUCUGGAUGAUGUGCACAAAGUGUUUUCAGUUGAUGCUUUGACAUCCUCUCAUCCUCUGACCUCAAAAGAAGACAGUAUCAUCCUACCUGGACAGAUUACGGAGCAGUUUGACACCAUCUCCUACAGCAAGGGGGCUGCAGUGCUGAGGAUGCUGUCUGACUUCCUCUCAGAGCCGCUCUUCAAGCAGGGACUGACUACUUACCUCAGGCAUUUUUCUUACAGUAAUGCAGUUGGGAGCGACUUGUGGCAACAUCUGCAGAUGGUGGUAGAGGACAACAACAUUUCACUUCCUUGUCCAGUUAAUGCCAUCAUGAACCCCUGGGUGCUUCAGAUGGGCUUUCCUGUGGUCACCAUAGAUACGACGAAGGGAAAGGUUUCCCAGAAUCACUUCCUGCUGGAUCCAGAGUCAAAUGUCACAGUUGAAUCACCCUACAAAUAUGAGUGGGUGGUUCCUGUGCGCUGGAUGAAAGAUGGUGAUGUUCAUGGAGAUAUCUGGUGGCUGAUGCAGAAGGAAGCUGUGAACCCGGACAUGUUGAGCGGAUCCUCGUGGGUUCUGGCCAACAUCAACGUAACUGGAUAUUACCGGGUGAACUAUGACCUGGGAAACUGGGAGCGGCUGUUCACUCAGCUCAGCACAAAUCUCCAGGUGAUUCCAGUGAUCAACAGAGCCCAGCUAGUGGACGAUGCUUUCAAUCUGGCCAGAGCUCAGCUGGUCUCAACAACGCUCGCUCUCAGGACCACCUCAUAUCUGUUGCAGGAGAUAGAGUACAUACCCUGGCAGUCCGCACUGAACAACCUGCACUAUUAUGAGCUCAUGCUGGAUCGCACUGAAGUCUAUCAGCCCAUGCAGGACUACAUCAGACAGCAAGUGACACCCCUCUUCUUGUACUUCAGGGACUUGACGUCAAACUGGACCCAUGUUCCUAACAGACACACUGACCAGUAUAAUCAGGUGAAUGCACUCCGUACAGCGUGCAGGACCGGACUACCAGAGUGCCAGGACUGGACCACCACAUGGUUCAAACAGUGGAUGGACAAUCCUCAACAUAAUCUCAUCCACCCAAACCUCCGCUCAGCGGUGUACUGCAGCGCCAUGGCUGCAGGCGAUGAGGCUGAGUGGCAAUUCGGAUGGUUCCAGUUUAAGAAAGCUUCUGUAGCCAGCGAGGCCAGUAAACUCAUGUCUGCACUGGCCUGUACAAACAACAUACAGCUGCUAGAGAGGUAUCUGUCGUACACCUUAAACUCGGACAUGAUCCGUAAGCAGGACGCCUCCUCAGUCAUCACGUCUGUCGCCACUAACAGAGUGGGACACAGUCUGGCAUGGGACUUCGUCAGGGAGCAGUGGAAAUACAUGUUCACACAAUAUGGCGUGGGCUCUUUCUCCUUUGCUUCUAUCAUCACUGGGGUCACAGCUAGGUUCUCCACACCUGCUGAACUACAACAGCUGGAGGACUUCGUAGAGGAGCACAAAGCUACAGGGUUCGGCUCUGCAUCUCUGGCUGUGGAUCAGGCCUUAGAGAGAACCGAGGCCAACAUCAAGUGGGUGGAGCAGAACAAACUGGAGGUUUUAAACUGGUUCAGAAGCCAGACUAGACCUCAGAGGAUCAAUGAGCUGGAUUCUCAGUCGAUCAGUGAAUUAUGGAGCACUGAUGAACUUUUACCGGUCCAACUCAUCACAGAUGUAAACACAGACAGAAGUUCAACAAACACCAAAGAAAAAUGAGGUCUUGCAGUAUGAAACAAAGAAAUAAAAGGCUAGAGAUCAGGAAAACACUCAACACUGGAGUUUGUUGAACAUGAACGUAAACACGUGGAAGCUCAAUGAUGUCUUCGUAUGGAGUCUUACAGAUUGUUCCUUUAAGCUGAAAACUGCCCUGUGUCACAGAAGAUAGAAAUAAGAACAGAAAUUAGUUUAAUGUGUGGACCAGAAACUGUGUGCUAUUCUUUAUGUAAUAAAACUUUAGAUUUUCA